ACGCCAAUCUAACCUGAUAGUUGUGUUGGCGGGCGCGAAGUGAACAGUCAACUGUCGUCCUGUGGUGCUGGAUUUAAGGGAGCGAUCUGGGGUUUUCACGUCGGCUACAGUUUGAAACUCGUGACAACGUUCAACAUGCCGGAAGAAAAAUUAUUCCCCAGCUCCAAAAAGCUGCGCCAUUCUGCGACCAGCCUGUGCGAGCAAAACCAGAGCUACAUCCAGUGCACCGACAGUAUUCCCCUGCUGUACCGAACGAUUGGCCAACAUUUGAAGCUUGCUGCGCAAAAAUUCCCCAACAAUGAGGCGCUCGUGUCCUGCCACGAGGGUCUCCGACUUACGUACUCGGCAGUGCUGGAAAAGGCAGAUCGACUGGCCGCAGCGUUCUAUCAGCUUGGCCUUGAAAAGGGUGAUCGCGUGGCCAUUUGGGCGCCCAACUGUUCGGCCUACUAUUUGGCCACGUUUGCGGUGGCACGUGCCGGGAUGAUUUCGGUGGGAGUCAAUCCGGCGUAUCAAGUUCCCGAGCUGGAGUAUGCACUUAAUAAAGUUGGUGUCAAAGCGCUGGUGAUGGCUGAGUCAUUCCGAACGAGAAAUUACUACAAUGUUCUUGAGGAACUCAUCCCAGAGCUUUCUGGUAGUGUCCCUGGAAAGUUGAAGUCCUCGAGGGUUCCCUCGUUGAAGACGGUUGUCAUUGACUGUGAAGAGCGAUCUUAUCCAGGAACCUUCUCCAUGUUCGAACUACUGGAGCUUCCGACGGAGCAGCAAAUCAAGAAUAUUGAGUCUAUGCAAACGCGUAUAUGUCCGGAUAGUGGGGCAUGUAUGCUGCUAACAUCCGGGACAACGGGUCAACCGAAAGUCGCUCUGUUGUCCCAUUUUGGAUUGGUCAACAAUGCAACUCAGGCCGCUCGCAGGAACGAGCUGGACACCAAGGAUCAUCGCGUUUGCGUUCACGUUCCUUUGUUCCAUGCGUUCGGGCUUGUGUUUGGUGUGUUCUCGACGCUGAACUACGGAUCAACGAUGGUUCUACCUAGUGCUGGAUUCAAGGGAAGUGACUCGCUAAAGGCGAUCAACAAAGAAAAGUGCACCGUAGUGUACGGAACUCCGACGAUGUUCGUCGACAUGCUCGCAGAGUCCCGCAAGGAUAACGUCGACUUGCACCCCAUGGAUCUUGCGAUCUUCGGGGCCGCGUCCUGUUCUCCGCAGCUGCUGCUAAAUGCCCAAAAUCAGCUGGGGAUUCGCCAGGUUCGAACCGGUUACGGCAUGACGGAGACUUCUUGUGCUACUUUUCUGUGCGAUCGUGGUGAUUCAACUGAGUCAUCGCUGGAGACGGUAGGUCGAAUCAUGGACCAGUGUGAGGCCAAGGUGGUCGAUCGUGAAGGAAACAUUGUACCUUUUGGAACUCCGGGUGAACUGUGGAUACGGGGCUACGGAACGAUGCUGGGAUUCUGGGGUGAUGAACGAAAAACGAAGGAAGUUCUCAGCAAUGACCGGUGGUUCCGGACGGGGGAUCAGUUUGUGCUUCAACCCGACGGAUACGGACAAAUAGUUGGAAGACUGAAGGAGAUGAUCAUUCGUGGUGGCGAGAACAUCUACCCGAAAGAGCUUGAGGAUGUUCUGAACACAAUCCCGGAGGUGCUCGAGACUCAUUGCAUUGGCGUUCCAGACGAUCGGCUUGGAGAGGAGGUGUGUGCUUACGUCCGAGUGGUCGAUUCCGUGGAGGGUCAGCAGUUUGAUAUGGACCGGUUGAAACGAUUUUGUAAAGAUAAGCUGGCACAUUACAAGAUCCCCAAGCAUUUGAGAGUGGUCGAGGAGUUACCGAAGACAACGACCGGAAAGGUACAGAAGUUUAGGUUGCUGGAAUUGUUUUUGAUGGAAAAUAAAGAAAAUUAAAAUGGA